AUGCGUGCUUAUCCGAAUUGGCCUUGGCGUGCACCGCGUGGUUCUGCAGCGGCACGCCUGCACCCAGAAGAAGCUCACCACCAUCCCCGCACCCAGUCAAAUCUCGAUCUCUCCGCGCAGCCAGCCACGUCUCAGCCGGCUGUUGCAGCACCACGACCGCGCCGCGACAACGACCGCCGCGCUGCCCCCGUAGGCUCAGGCUUUGGCUUCUCUUGGAACAAGGCAGCUGCGUUCGGCCUGCUGAGUGUCGGCCUUGCUUGCUUGUGUCUGCGCCUGUUUCCCGCCCACCUCCGCCCCUUCACCCCGCCACUCGACCGCGUCCCCAACACCACCACCCUCGCUGUACCUCCGACAGUCGCCGCCUCGUCGCCGACUGCCACCGCCAAGCUGGCCGCCAAAAUGACGACAAACAGCAACGGCGCGAGCAUUGCCCGCGUCUACGCCGAUGUCAAUGCCAACAUGCCCCGUUCGUAUUGGGACUACGACUCGGUCAACAUCUCGUGGGGCGUGCUUGAGAACUACGAGGUUGUCCGCAAGAUCGGCCGCGGAAAGUACUCGGAGGUCUUCGAGGGCAUCAACGUGGUCAACUACCAGAAGUGCGUCAUCAAGGUCCUGAAGCCUGUCAAGAAGAAGAAGAUCAAGCGCGAGAUCAAGAUUCUUCAGAACUUGUCUGGCGGGCCUAACAUUGUUUCGCUUCUGGAUGUGGUCCGCGACAACCAGGUCAGUAGUGAUUCUGAAGAAGACUGCAUGAGCGACCGCACGAGCAAAACUCCGUCGCUGAUCUUUGAAUACGUCAACAACACCGAUUUCAGGAGUCUUUAUCCCAAGUUCCAGGACUACGACGUACGAUACUACAUCUACGAGCUGCUCAAGGCCCUGGACUUCUGUCACAGCAAAGGCAUCAUGCACCGUGAUGUCAAGCCUCACAACGUUAUGAUCGACCACGAGAAGCGCAAGUUGCGGUUGAUCGAUUGGGGUCUCGCCGAAUUCUAUCACGCCGGGACCGAGUACAACGUCCGUGUCGCCUCGCGAUACUUCAAGGGCCCCGAACUGCUCGUGGAUUUCCAGGAGUACGACUACUCGCUCGAUAUGUGGUCGUUAGGCGCCAUGUUUGCAUCAAUGAUCUUCAGGAGAGAACCGUUCUUCCACGGCAACAGCAACUCUGACCAGCUGGUGAAGAUUGCCAAGGUGCUCGGAACGGAGGAUUUGUUCGACUACCUCGACAAAUACGACAUCGAGCUAGACGCCCAGUACGACGACAUCCUCAGCAGGUACCCGAAGAAGCCGUGGCACUCGUUCAUCAAUGCCGACAACCAGCGUUUUGUCAGCAACGACGCCAUUGACUUCCUUGACAAGCUUCUGCGUUACGACCAUCAGGACCGGCUCACGGCCCAAGAUGCGAUGGCUCAUCCUUACUUUGCCCCUGUUCGACAAGCUGCUCAACAGAACAGCAGCAGCGCGGCGUGA